AUUGAUGCGAAAUAUAGCGUAGUUUUUAUUUUAUUUCUCGGAAGUGAGACAGAUACAUUACUACAAUCGAUCAAAACUAAUGGAAUUAGUGCAAAGAUUCUUCUGCUAUUGGUCAUGCUGUUCUCAAGUUCUACUGCUUAUGGGUUUUACAAAACCGUCGUUGUGCUUUGGGCCGGAUUUUUUGAAGACCAGUGUUUACGCAUCUCCGAAAGUCAGGAUAAUACCGGCUACAAAAAAUAAAAUUGUCUUGAGAGCUGGAGACAACGUUGUUCUCACUUGCGUAACUACUGGUCAUCCCAAACCCAAGAUACAAUGGACAAUACAAGGUGGAGAAUUGGACAGACGUCCCUUGAAUUUAUACGAUCCGGUUUUAAGUGUAAGUAACAUACAGCCCGAAGAAGCAGGAAAAAUCAGCUGCAAAGCGGAAAAUGGAAUUGGAAGUAGAGUGUUCGCUGUGACCAGACUGAUCGUAUAUUAUCUAUUGAAGCCAAGUAUGAGGCUGUAUAUUAGCAAAAGUGACCCAGUCCCAAGUCACAGCAUGUGGUUUGAAAACACGAUAGUACUUCGUUGUGCGACUUAUUCCAAUCCAGAAUCAGCUGUCUCGUGGUAUAAAGACGGGCGACCAAUUACAGAAGCCGUUGCAGCAGAAGAUGGUAUAGAAAUGCGAAAAUUGAUAAGAUACAUGCAUGGAACCGCAGUACAUGUCCUAAAGAUUCGAAACGCAGGUUCCCAACAUCACGGAAAUUAUGAAUGUUUAUCAUCUUUGAAACAAAAUGGAUUGAAAUACAGUAUUCCAGAGAAGAGAGCAAAUUUUACCUACAAUGGAAAAAUUGCGGAACCAAGAAUAGUUGUGAUGAAUCUUGACAAAGUGAUUGCGAACACUGGCGAUGAUAUAUUACUUGAAUGCAAAGUCACUGGCGGAUUUCCUCAACCUUAUGUAACAUGGAUUCGUGAAAACGAAGCAAUUCCUCGGAAUCACGCAUUCGUCAGCAAUAGAAAAAUUUUGCAACUUCGACAAGUUCAAGCUAACUACGCCGGAGCUUAUUAUUGUGUUGCAAAUAACAACGUGGGAAACCCAGUAAAAACAAGAGUAGAUAUAAUUGUCAGAUAUCUGAACCCAAUGCAGUACUGGAUAACUCCCGAUCCUCUCAGUGAUGACAAACGACUUACAGUUGGAAAAGAUAUCAAAUUAACAUGCUACACUGAGGCGCAGCCCCCAGAAGAAUUAGAAUAUUUAUGGUUUAAAAAGAAAGGAAACAAUGCACUUAUUCCUGUGAAUAGUAGAACAGGAACAAACAUUCAUAUCACCGAUAUCAAGACUGAUAUUGUUAAGAGAUUUUUGACUUUUCCAGCUUUUUCGAGUCGGCUUGAAAUUCGUCAGUCAAGUGAAGAAAAUUACGGUAUUUACGUGUGCCGUGCUCGCCUGGUCAACGGGAAAAACGGAACACAAGUACAAUCGGAAAUCGUCAUCACACAAGAAUCAGCACCGGCACAGCUUUUUGCAAGCGACCCCUUGGUGUCGGCUCGAGAAGGAGGAAUGGCACUGCUUGAAUGCAGAUCGAAGGGACGACCCGUACCCAAAAUACAAUGGCUAAGAGAAGGAAAUGUGACGAUAAACGAUAAUAGAAUAACGAUUGUGAAGAAUGGCAAACUGCAGAUUCGAAACGUGUCGCGAGAUGACGCUGGAACAUACACCUGUAUACCGACUAGAAUCAACGGAUUCAGUAAAUUGGCAAAAAUAAAUUUCCAAGAUGAAGUUGAACUUGAUGUUAAUUAUCCGCCUGAAGUGAUACCAAGUUACAAAGUAUGGCGUAGACAAAUGGGAGAUAAGUUAACUCUAACGUGCCAAAAACAAAAUGCAAAGCCAGAUUGGGGAAUAUCAUACAGGUGGACGAAGGAAGGUCGCUCAGUUACCGAAACAAACAGUCAAACAAUAACAAUCUCUCCGCUGAAAGGCAGCAAUUAUGGAGUAUACGUAUGCACAGUUUCUAACGAGGUUGGCGAAUCGCAGUGCGUCAUCAAUGUAACCGGUUCCGCAUACGCACCAGAGUUCUAUUACGGCGAUGAAGACAAUAUGAGAAUAAAUGGUCCUGCAAACAGCAUGUUUUCGAGAAAUAUCUCCGGACAAGGAGUUUUUGUUUACAUAUUAUCUUGGACACAAAGAUUGCCAUACGCUGUUGACCCGAUCACUGAAUACAGGAUAAGGUGGAGACAAUGGACCAACAACUUGUCGACGGAUGCACAGUGGUAUCAGGAUACAAAGCCAAUACAAGGAAUCGGAGUUGGAGAACUCAUAACGUACGAGAUGUUAGAUUUGACUGCUGGUAGUUACGAAGUUGAAGUUACACCAAAAACAGAUUUUGGAUAUGGGGAUACAGCUAAAAGAAUAAUUAAUGCUCGUAAAAAACGUGGAUUACAGACAACACUACAAGGGUCAGCUUUCUUCUGCGCCUUUUCUACAAAUGAUAUUUGCGGAUUCAUGCAGGAGCCAUCAGGCGGAGACCUGCAUGAUACUUUUUUACCAAAAGACGACUUUGAUUGGCUGUGGAACAAUGAAAACACCUUAGCAAAAAGGACAAGAGAAACUGGACCAGAUUUUGAUUUCACCAGCUCUAAAAUAGAUGGAGGAUAUAUGUUUAUCGAAUCUUCUCAAGUGAGAAAAGGUCAAAAAGCGAGAUUAAUUAGUCCAUGGAUUAGGGACGAAGAUUCUCCCCAACAAUGCCUCAAGUUUCACUAUCAUAUGAAAGGGCGGCAUAUAGGUCGUCUUCGAGUAUUUAUGCGCACUACAAACAUAGAAGCAACAUUAUGGAAUAAAACAGGACAUCAAGGAAACAAUUGGAUUCCAGCGUUUGUGCCUUUUUAUCAUAACAUGCCGUACAAGAUGGUAUUUGAGGCACAUAUUUUAAAACCCCGACCACAAAACAACCAAGGAGACAUAGCCAUUGACGAUGUUCUAAUCGGCAAAGGUCCUUGUCCUACGCCUUCUACUCCCACGUCAGAUCCACCACAAAGACGGACAGCGAAAUCGAAAGGAAAUGGUGCGAGGUCGAUUCACUAUUCAAUAAUUUCAAAUUAUAUAAUAUCACAAUAUCCUGGAUUUUGUAGCUUUGUUUUAUUUCAUUAUUUUGCGCAAUUCGUGCUGUCCAUGAGAUGACAAUGCAGAUAUAUACUUGCCAAGAGGUGAAUAUAAAUCAAUACGAAGAGAAACUGAGCUGAACUCGACUUGGAAGUAAUAUUCUGAUUGAUUUUGGUUUAAAAACAAACCUUAUGGAAUAGCAAUACUAAGAAACAAUAGGUCAAAUAUAAAUUAAUUUGGUAAUUUGACUCAAAAACAUUGGUCAGUUAUGAUUAGUUAACUUUUGCUAGUCAUCCAAUGAGAUCAUUUAUAGUGACGUCAUCGACAGAAACCCAAAAAGUUACCCAAUUUGGAUCAAAAACGUCGGGGUUAUCAAAAUAUGUAGAAAUUAGAUGGUUCUAUAAAUAAGUGAUUUAUUUGUCAGUCAUCCAGUACAAGUCAGACCAACAAAUCAAUGGAUCUGACAUAUAUAUAGCUAGGGAUAUUCGAAACAAUUGCAAUGAUUUCAUAAUCUAAAAAUGCCUAAAAAAAAUAGCCCCGCCAAAUAAAAAUCACUUUAUAAUGUGGAAUAUGUUAUUUAUUUAUUUUCUAAUAAUGUGGUGUUAGUUGAGUUUUGUCCUAUGUGUGCAAUUAAAUUUUUCUCUCCUGUUUUUUUACAAUGAUUUAAAACAAUUUUUCUAUUUUUCCGCAGUAACAACCAAUGAUCGUUGGUUGAAUAUUUACUGAAGAAUUUUUAUAUUGUUCAAAUGUUACACUGUUUAAAUGUCUUCAUUAAAUAGA